AACCUGUAGCCGCUCGACGUGAAUUUCUGCUAGCCGAUGAUGGACGCGGACGAGAUUCUAUGCAGGGUUUUCGGCGCGAGUCCUCUCGCCGCCGAACGCACUGCCGCCGGUAGAUCCAAGGAUGAUCAUCUCGAACGAUCCAGGUGGGAGCCCAGAACAUUUCAGAAUUUAAUUUGGAUAAAUGAAUACAUUAGGAAAUCCUUAUUGAAUCUGUAUAUUGAUACAUGGAAUUCCGAGGAUAAUAGAGAAGGUCGUAUAGGUCCCUAUCUCGUCAGAUUUGAUGUAUCCAUGCAUUAUGGUCUCUGCAUCGUUUCCCCUGACAGGCUAAGUGUCAAUUCGCAGAGUAGUUUUAGCACGAUGCGAGCUAAUGCAGGGGCGUUCAAGGGGAAAUGGAUGUAUGAGGUGCAACUUGGAUCCAAAGGAGUGAUGCAAGUGGGCUGGGGCACUGCUCAAUGUAAAUUUAAUCAACAGUAUGGCGUCGGGGACACCCCAAACUCGUACGCUUAUGAUGGAAAUCGUGUGCGGAAGUGGAACGUGAGUACUCAUAAGUACGGUGAGGCCUGGUUAACAGGAGACAUCAUUGGUUGUGUCUUGAACAUGGAUGACGGAACGAUAGAUUUCUAUAGGAACGGCAGGUGUCUAGGCAGAGCGUUCGAGAAUGUGCCGACAGGCGCCGGACUUGCGUACUUUCCCACUGUUAGUCUGGCCUUCACUGAAAACCUAACGGCUAACUUUGGCUCCAUACCGUUCAGAUAUCCUGUGGAGGAUUACGAACCCCUGCAAGCACCGCCGAUGGUGCAAGUCCGCCAAGCCAUGCUUCUCUUUCAGUGGCUCUCGCAGGUGAUCGAACUGUUGGAAUACUCCAAGAAUGUUGGCAAGCAAAACGUUCUCCUAGAAGAUAAAACUAUGAGCGCCCAUGCCUUUCUCAUGUGCCUAGCGAGAUCCAUCUUGAAACAUAUUGGCCCGUUGCUCACUGUUUCUUAUGUCACUGAGACGGUUUUCGUGCCGUUUAUGCAAACACUUUGCAAUCUGAGCACCGACGAUUCUACGACUACGACGAAAUCCGCUUACUCGAAUAUUCGUAGUACGCAGUUUAUUAUCUGUUUGGAUCUGCUAUGGACUUUCCUGGAAGAACACGAGAUCAAGAUGUGCUUGGAGAGCACGGUGCUACAUUUGUUGUCCGCCUUCCGACACGUUUCCCUGUUACUCGAAUAUCCGGAUCAGUGCAAGAGUCUGAUGCUGCUGACGAAAAUCUGUCAGCACACUGUCACACGGCAAUAUUUUUUGCAAUAUCUGUUGUUCGAUCGCGUGCGGUUUGCCAAUUUUGUACACGUGAAACCACUCGACGAGGGCGGAUUGACAGACGUGGUCGAGAAGGUCUGGUGGGAGACGAAUCCCUUGGAUCCGUCGAUCGAAGGAAACAAGGCCAGUUAUCUGUACGCCUGUGAGCGCAUCAAAGCUGCUAUAUCCGAGGUAGAAGCGUUACAAGUUGAAUUACUAGUCACAUUAUUAGAUAAUACUGAUGGAACAACAAAGAGACCAACAUCAAGGACUAUAUUUUUAAAAAAAUUCAAACGUUUUGUUCAGGAGAAUCUAAUAUCCAGUCGCACGCCCCUGCCGAUCACAUUAUGUUGCUUUCACCGACUUCUGGUUGCAUUCAGAAUUUUAUGGGAUACUGAAAUUGGGACAAGCCCUGUCUAUAUACCCUGCAGGGCGUUCUACGAUGCAUCGAUCAAUUACUCUGGAAUCGACAGACUUGGUGGCGUAAUAACCCACUUAAACAAGACAUUCAGGAACGAAUUGCUACGCCUCCUAGGUCCGGAUCAUGAGGUAAUUGUUGCUAUGGAACAGCAGCAGCAGCAACAACAACAACAACAGCAACAGCAGCGUACUACAACAGCAACAAAUGAAGCGUCAAAUAACACUUAUGCCGCUGCUGUGGUCGGCGCGGCUGUGAGACCCCUAAUCGACUUGCCCGUAGCUUUACCUGCGGCUAUUUAUCCUCGCUUACUUAACAUCAACCCGCCCGCGACAUCGGCAAGCCAAGGUAGUUCUACGAUAUUGGAGAGAUUAGGAUUUUUUUCGCAUACUAGAGAAGAUAGGACUCCAAUACGUCACGGUCCUGUAGAUCCAGCGAUCUCGUUGAUAGAAUUAUUAGAUGGUAUUAUCUUAUUCUAUCAUGUAGCGGCGAAGAAGCAGCUGGCCAAAGUGGCUAGUCUGCGUGAUAGUAUGUCCGCAUACAUUAACGCAAUUGCCGACACCAAGGCGAGACUUGAGCAUGUCGAGCAGGAAACGAUCCCUGGUAAGGAUUCCGACACGGAGGCGAUACAAAGAGAACUGCUUCGUACGACGGACAUAUUUAGUAAGAAACUGUCGGAGCAAGCGAGACACAUGGCAUGGAUUAGGGCUGCUGUGUACUCGGAGGAGAAGCAGGCGCAACUGGCCUGGCUGUUAAAAGUGGUCACAUUGACCCUGCAAACCGCCAGCCAGCAGGGCAACAUGUUCAGUUUUGUGCCCGAUUUCUAUUUGGAAACAUUGUCCGAUCUGAGUGUGAGCUUGCGUGCUCAUAUGCAUCCCACUGCACCGAUUGAGAAUAUUCCUGAUUAUCGAACAAUGCUAUGCAAUGCGGCCGAGUUUCUAUGCGAUCACUUUCUCGAUCCACGCAUAGUGCACGUCAAUUCUAAGGACGUGCUGAUACUUGCGCUCGCCGGUUUUGUAUCGAAUCCAUUGAUGCUAGAGGCACUAGAGAAUGUGCCGCGCGAGAGCAGAAUAAAAAUUGUCACGAAUCUGUUAAAACCAUACGAGAACAGAGCAUGGGCCCAAUCCAAUUGGGUUCUGCUCAGAUUUUGGCAGGGUAAUGGUUUUGCCUUCCGAUACGAAAAGAGUCCGCAUCUUUCUAAAAUCGGCACGAAGCAACAGGAAUCUGUUUAUCAGCUCAUAAAACCGUGUCCAUCGGUAAUAUAUCAAGCACAUGUAAGAGACGUAUUGUUGGGCAAUUCGCAGGCGACUACGCAAUUCUUAAAUUCCUUAUUGAACCAAUUGAAUUGGGCAUUCUCCGAGUUUAUCGGCAUGGUGCAGGAAAUUCACAAUGUAUCAUCGAGGCCGGAACGAGUGUUUAUUGAGUCAAGACAAUUAAAGAUCUGUGCCACCUGCUUCGAUCUGGCUAUCUCGUUGCUUCGCGUAUUAGAGAUGAUUUCCUUGGUAGCCCGAGAUGUUUUCAGCGAUCCUACGCAAUAUUCUAGUGAAAUCCUACUGGCCAGACUGUGUCAAUUACUCUGCCAAGUGUUAAAUAGGAUGAGUUCGCAAACUAACUGUUUUCAACAUGUGAUGCUACUAGAAAUACCAGAUUUAGAAUCCAUAGAUCACUUUCCUAUAUUAGCUGCCGUUAUCGGUAUUCUGCUGGCUCUGCUUGAAAAAGAAAUGAAAGAUUUUGCAGCAAAAUCGAAAAUUGAAGUACCCAGAAUUACACGAAGUUUAUUAACAGAACCGAGCUUCCAGAUCAGUUCUUUGCAUUUCGUUUUGGGCGACACAAAAUUGAAAAAUACAAAGACAAAAAAUGUGAAACCUUUCUCAUUGUUGAACUAUCAAGAAGAUGUAACGACGGAGGAAAUUAAUCGAGUAAAGCAGAUGAUAACGUAUCUCGAAACUUGUCAUAUACUUCUACCCGAUACCAAAUUAAUAAGUGACGAUGACAACGCUUGUACCAUUUGCUAUGCGUUUCCAAUUACCGUUAUAUUUAAACCAUGCAAUCAUCAAACAUGUCGCACCUGCAUAGAUCGCCAUCUGCUCAACACCAGGGAAUGUUUCUUCUGUAAAAUGAUCAUAGAAAAGGUCGAGGAUCUAAGCGGGAACACAUUGCAUGAUUUUACUAGCGAAUUUUCAAUUACAAGAUCAACCUCUUGAUCCAAUGAUAAGAUUGUUUUGCAAAUUGCAUAUACUGUAUUAAAGAUUUGUUAAAUUUUCUCAACAUAUGUAUUGAGUCACGACAAAACUGCCUCAUAUAAUUUUCAUUGUAUAAUAAAAAAAACUUCUAUAAGAGUAAAAGAGAAAGCUAAUUGAGUGAAACAAAAUAAAUUGUAUAAAGUA